GCGGGCUGGCGUAGGGCCUGCGUCAGCUGCAGCCCGCCGGCGAUUGGGGCGCGCGCGCCUCCUUCGGUUUGGGGCUAAUUAUAAAGUGGCUGUGGCCGUCGCCAGCGAGGCAGGCGCACAGAGCCCCGCAGCCCAGCGACGCUGCCCGGCGCCUCGCAGAGCUCCCCGACGCGGCCGCCCCACACUUGCCUUCUUUCUUUCUCUUGCAGAGUGGCAGCUGGGACACGCUCUUCCAGCAACCUGCGCCAUCUGAACAGCAGCAGCCCCAUGGCACGGUUCCUGAGACUUUGCACCUGGCUGCUAGCACUUGGGUCCUGCCUCCUGGCUACAGUGCAGGCGGAAUGCAGCCAGGACUGCGCUAAAUGCAGCUACCGCCUGGUGCGCCCCGGGGACAUCAACUUCCUGGCAUGUACACUGGAAUGUGAAGGACAGCUGCCUUCUCUCAAAAUCUGGGAGACCUGCAAGGAUCUCCUUCAGGUGUCCAAGCCCGAGUUCCCUUGGGACAGCAUCGACACGUACAAAGACAGCAGCAAACAGGAUGAGAGCCACUUGUUAGCCAAGAAGUACGGAGGGUUCAUGAAACGGUAUGGAGGCUUCAUGAAGAAGAUGGAUGAGCUGUAUCCUGUGGAGCCAGAAGAAGAGACAAAUGGAGGCGAGAUCCUUGCCAAGAGGUAUGGUGGCUUCAUGAAGAAGAAUGCAGAUGAAGGAGACACCUUGGCCAACUCCUCUGACCUGCUGAAAGAGCUACUGGGAACGGGAGACAACCAUGCGAAAGACAGCCACCAACAGGAGAGCACCAACAAUGACGAAGACAACAUGAGCAAGAGGUAUGGGGGCUUCAUGAGAGGCCUCAAAAGAAGCCCCCAACUGGAAGAUGAAGCAAAAGAGCUGCAGAAGCGCUAUGGGGGCUUCAUGAGAAGGGUGGGGCGCCCCGAGUGGUGGAUGGACUACCAGAAGAGAUACGGAGGCUUCCUGAAGCGCUUUGCUGAGUCUCUGCCCUCUGAUGAAGAAGGGGAAAGUUACUCCAAAGAAGUUCCUGAGAUAGAAAAAAGAUAUGGAGGCUUUAUGCGGUUUUGAAGCCCUUUCCCAGCAGUGACCCCAGACCCCCACUAGCCUGCUCCAUCCCCCGUGAGCAACUGCCCCAUCAGUGAUGUUUCUUGUCACGUGCUGCUUGUGCUGUACAGUUGCCCUCGUGGUCUGGAUAACUACACUGCCUGAAAGCUGUGAUUUUAGGGAUCUGUGUUCUUUUGAGUCUUGAAGCUCAGUAUUGGUCUCUUGUGGCUAUGUUGUUAUGUCAUGCUGAAAUGGUUUGUUACCUCAUCCCUUCCGAUGAAACAUCAAUAAAUGCUUAUUUGUAUAUAAAUAUAAUAAACCCGUGACCCCAACUGCACAA